GCGCGCGCGCGCGACGAGAGAGAGGGCGGUCUUCGAACCCCCCGCGAACUCGGCUCUCGCGUUCAGUCUGCAUUGCGCAUCGACGGGCCGCUCGCUCAGGACGCACACGCACAGCUUACAAGUAUAGCCGUCAGACGUCACGUAUAGACGCACGGCCAAAGCCAUCGGAGCUGCUGCUUCGCUGGGACGGACGGGAGCACAGCAUCACUGCCGGGAAGAGUCCCCGCCGCCGCUGCGGACGUGGCCUAGUUCAUCCCUGUGAGAUAAUGUGGGGCAGAGCAAACAUGGCGGCGCUGACCCUGCUCUUCCUGCUCGGCUGGAUCUGCAUCUUCGCCAGGGCUGAAGGAGCUCGGGGUAACGGCGGAAAGCCGCAGCAGUCGCGCGCAGCAGUCAAUGCGGGCAAAGCCGACGCCGAUGCCGUGCUGGAGAGGGCGAGCGCUUGGCUCUGGAGUCAGCGGGACAAGGAGGCUGGAUGGGGCAACGACACUCAGCAGGUGCUCCUGGCCCUGCGAAUGGCCAAUCUCUCGCGAGACGACGACGUCCCGCCGCCGGCUAGCCUCGAGAUGCAGCUCAGCACCAAGCAGAUGGAGCUCGAGAUCGUCAUGCUGCUCUGGAGACACCGGGAUUUGGGAAGCUCGCCAGUGCGACUGGCCCGCUACACCCUGGCCCUGAACGCCAUGUGCAUGGACCCUCGUCAGUUCCACGGGCACGACCUCAUCGGCACGCUCCAGCACCACGAGCCGCCGACCGACUACGAGUUCGCCCUGACCGCACUGGCAGCCUGUAACGCCCAGGCGCACGUGCGCAAGAGGCAGAUGCGACGGCUGCUCGAGAUCGCUCACGCCGUCCAGGAGCAGAAUGUCGGUGAGUUAGACACGGUCGCCAUGGGCAUAAUGACCCUGCGCUGCAUAGUCCAGGACCACCGGCACCGGAACCUGCAGCACCUGGUGCGCAAGCCGUCGCUCCGCCUGGCCCAGCGUCAGCGUCGCGACGGCAGCUUCGGCGACCUGCGCACCACCGGCCUGGCGAUGCAAGCUCUCGAGGAGGUCGAGAACGAGCCCCUCGACAACUGGAACCGCUCGGCGGCGGUCCUCUGGUUGGCCCACCGACAGAGGCCCGACGGCAGCUUCGAGGGGGACGUCAGGAGCACCGCCGAGGCCGUCCUGGGACUGGCACCCAGGGGCAUGUCCAGCAUCAGGACGCUCGACUGCGGCCAGGGUCUGACGGACAGCCCACCGCCCAGGAUCGCCGGCAUCAAUGUAGGUGAGAUAACAGCGCUGCCGGUGAACCGGGGCCCGACGACGCCUCCGGUCGUUCUGCCCACCGCCUCGACCAGCAGUAGCAGCAGCCAGUCGAGCGCAAGCUUCAGUAGCAGCAGCCAGUCCCCAGCAGCUAACGACGACGACAACAACAACAACAACAACAACGAGGAAGUCGAGGAGGAGGACGAGGACGACGAGUCGAGCUUCUCGGCCACGUCGAUCCUCCGGCAGAACCAGCAGCAGAACCCGCCGGUCAACAUCAGCUACACCCUCUGGGUGGGCAGCGACGUCGACGAGAUCUACAACCUCACCCUCAGCGCGCCCAAGAACGAGAGCUUCUACGAGGUGAUGGUCCUCGCGGCCCAGCGCUCGCCGAACUUCCAGUUCUCGGCUUACGAGUGGCCCAACGGACACUACGUGCACACGCUCGCCGGAUACAAGGAGGAACCGAUGAGCUACCACUACUGGCUGCUGUACAGGCUCCCGGCACCGCCGGAGCCCUCUUCGCCCCCCGGAAACCAACUCGUCGCUCCCGGAGGAGUGGACAACUUGCUGAUCAGCGAAGGCGAGCAUUAUCUCUUCUGGUACAAAAAGCUCUAAGCGCGGCGGAGGUUCGAUGUAUAAAUAAGAAGAAAAAAAGCUGAAGCAACUGCAAACUGCAAACAACAAAAAACAAACUCGAGUGAGAGGGGAGAGUGCAGGCGAUGAUACAUAUGUAGGAAGAGCGAAUGCGUAUAAUAAGAAAAAGAGUAGCAUAUGCAAGAGAGAGAGAGAGAGAGAGAGAGUUGAUGAGAAAAAGAAGGACGACUACUACGGCGAUGGGAUAUAGUACACUAUAUACAUAUGAUAUAUAUAUAUAUAUAUAUAUAUAUUAUUACACCAGUGGCGAAUUAGAGACUGCAAGUCUAAGUAUAUCGAAAAGGUAUACAUACUAUAAUAAGAAGGAUAAAUUAGAUGAUGAUGAUUUACCGAUUUAAACAAAAAAACAAUAAACUGCGCGUGGGAGAUGAGAAUUGCGACGAAGAUAUCAAAUUAUUAUAAAUAUAUGUACAUGUAUAUCUCGUAUAUAUAAAUAUCGUUAUAUCGUAAUAAUUGCUACGAGGCAUAACAUUUUUUAUGAAACUGCAAUGCACAACCAUAUUGUACUUAUAUGAUACGUCGUAUAUCGAGUAAUGAUUAAUAAUUUAAUAAAUGCGAUGCGUCAGUAUUAAUCUUU